GCGGAGCGGAGACAGACGGAUAGAAACAAAGGAGAGAGAGAGAAGAGAAGAUCGGGGAGAGUUACACGUGGGGGGAAUAGAGGAGAUCGGAGAGGGAUGGAAGGGACGAUCGUCUGACUGUCGGACAGAGUACGGCUCCCAGCGGGGAGAUCACACAUUGCUAGGAAAUGAUCGGAGAAGUCCCACAACUCCAACACACACGUGUCCUCUGCUGAUCUCCCCCGAUCCUUCGCCGACACUUCCCCUCCGCCCGCCCGCCUCUCAUUGUCCGCCCAGCUGUCACUUCUCUCCCCGGAGAUCACCGGACUCAUGGCCGCCCUCAGCAGCCCCGGCUCCAGCCCCCACCCCACCUCCCCCCGGGUCUACUUCCAGUCCUCCCCCAGCGAGAGCGCAGAGCAGCCGCCCGAGAGGAGACAUCCGGGGAAAGUCACCGUCAAGUAUGACCGAAAGGAGCUGAGGAAGAGGCUGAGGCUGGAGGAAUGGAUCCUGGAUCAGCUGGUCCUUCUCUAUGACUGCCAGGAAGAAGAAAUCCCAGAACUGGAAAUUGAUGUGGAUGAAUUGUUAGACAUGGAGACGGAUGAGCAGAGAGGAGAGAGAGUGAAGGAACUUCUUAAUGAAUGUUACAAACCAACAGAGGCCUUUGUAACUGGGUUACUGGAGAAGAUUCAGGGAAUGCAGAAGCUAAGCACUCCACAGAGGAAGUGAUUUGCUAGCAAUCUCAGAGAUAAGAGGACAGCGCCUCCACUUCAUUCUGGUAGCAGUGAAGAACUGCAAGCUGUCAGGGUCACGGGCUCCCCCCUGCAGAUGGAUUGUGUGUGUGGCUGCUAGCAGCUCAUUGGGACAUGUAAUGCAGGGGAACCACUUUUUAUAUAAUGUUUUUGUAGAAAUCUUUUUUAAUUAAAAGUAAGUGUUAUGAAAUUCUGCGUAUUAAUAUUAUUCCCAUUU